GACUGGUGAUCUACAGAAUGUGCUUUCUAACUGGUGUAAUUUACUACCUACUGGUUCUUUAACUUUUCAUUUCUUAACUAGAAUAAUCCACUAUUCUGAUUGGCUGUAGUUACAUGUAGUUUUUGCUUAAAUCCAGUAUCAACAAUGAUGGUAGAUAUUCACAUUAAUAUUGUUGUCAAUAAUAACAAUAGCCAGUCGGGAGAUUCUCACAUGUCAACGAUGCGAAGGUUGAACUUAACAAGCCCCUUGAGGAUUGUCAUCAAUGGUUCUUCCAGAAUGGCUAUUUCUUCUCCUCCUCAGCCUCCUUUACACCAACCCCACAAGUAAGUUCAUUGUUUUAAAAAAUUACUUGCGUACAUGAUAGCUUCAGCUCCCCUUCUUUUCUCUCUCCUUUUCUUUUGAUUUCUAGUUGAUUUUAAGGUCUUUGCCUUUUGAAUUUAGCAGUGAUUAAACUUAGUUGAUAAUGAAGAAGUUUUUAAAAUUUUGGCAAGACAUUGUCCAAGUUUUGGUCUCUGUUCAAACUGUUUUAGAAAAGCCAUUAAUUUGAACUUUAUUUGUGUAUUCACAGGUUGUAGAAAGGUGUCAUAAAUUCUUGAUUGUUUUUCAAGUCAGCCAUGUAAAUUUAAAAAGAAAGUAGUAAUAUUCUCGCCCUCCCUCUCAAACCUGUAAGCUUUUUGAUGCAUGAGAUUUUUUUCCUUAUGCGUAGCUUUAUAUUAUUGAGCAUAAUUCUCGAUCCGAUUUGACCAGGUAUUGAAGAUUCUAGAAACUCUGUAUCCUAUAUGGUUCAAAUUUCACAGUAAUCUGAUAAUGGGAAGGUCUUUCGAUAAUGCCCAUAAGUUACUGUUUGGGAUUUGUUAUAUUUUCCUAGUUGGUUUAUGAUUCUUUUUACUAUUUAGUUUAGCAUUUUAUUAUUAUUUUUCCAGCUUUAUUUAGGACAAUUUUCCUAGUUUGUUUAUGACUUUUAUUACUUUUCUUUUAUUUUCAGGUUAGCUAGUUUGUUUAGGUUAGUUUUUGGGUUGAUUAAAAGAGUUGUAACCCUCCUAGAGAGGUAAACUACUUGAAGAGAAAAUAUCUAGCAAUAAAAUAUUGAAUUAGUGUUUUCGUGAUCUCUAUUUGGCAUAAUUUUGUGUUCAUGUGCUUGCUGUCUUUCUUGUAUUGCUUCCUCCAACGUUACUCUUUCUGAUUUCCAAGUUAUCAAUCUGAAAAAUUUUUGGGUUCCCCAUUUUGAGACCAGUUGUCAGUAACAUCAUUGAAUCUAGAAGGUACACCAACAAAAAAUAUCUCUGUUUCUGUUUGUCCUGAUCAUGAUUGUUGCUGUUGGGCCAGUAUUUUUUCUUAUAUUCAAUGGAAUUCAAGGAAUCAUCGAAGCUUCUGACAGUGAUAGAGAAAAAGAGAGGAGGAUGUUAAAGUUUUACCAACCAUAAGUUGAAAUAGCAUUGCUACUAUGCAUUACUGUCAUUUGUAUAGCACUGGAAAAAGGCAGUUAGAUAAUGAUAAUGACCCAGAUUCAUGCUCCUUUCAUAUUAUCUCUUAAUUUGCUUCCCAAGGCCCAGCACUGAUGGUGCUGAAGUUUGUCUUACCGCUUUUUCAAGUGGCAAUGGCUUAUAUGCCUCGUGGGUUACCAAAAAGAUUGGAUGUUGCUGCAAAACUAUGACUAAAUCGCUUGAACCUGCUUUGUAGUUCUGUGAUUUGACCCAACCCACUUAUCAUAUGCUCAGAGUUGGAUUAUUGUGGAUGUCUUUGUGGAUUUUAGUUGUGAUUGGAGCUUUGAUUUCUACUUUCCUCCUUUGAACAUUAUUGCAUCGGUGUUAAGAUUGGCUUGGACUGCAGAAGUUAUGAGGCAUGUCAUUAAUUUGACAGUCAGUGAGGUUCUAUUUGUGCCUGCUAUUGAAGAAUUGAUAAUCAUCACUCGGGGUUUGAUUUUGCUUGAGGGAGAGGAUGAGUUCAUGUUUGCUUGUGCUCAUUGCUGUCUUGGAAUUAUGGAGUCUACUUUCAGACAUGGCAAUGAUUGGGCCUUUGUACUGAUAGCUGCACAUGGAAAAGGAUUUGGGCAGGCAUCACAUGACGCCAGACAACUCUUUGAAAGACAAGGGAUGGAACCCAUUGUUGACUCAGACAUAACCCAGCUCAAUUUGCUUCCUCACAGGAGUAUGCGUUGGUUCUAUUUGCGAUAUUGUUGUGGUUGCUUGGACUGCCAAAGGACAUCAAACCUUAACUGCCACUCUCUCGCUCCUGUCUUUUUUAACUGGAUACCCCAUGGAUUGUCAUGGCAUUGUCCUGAUAACAGUUUUUUUUCCUCGGUUACGGUCGCGAUAAUAGAUUGUUUGAAUAAAACCAUCAAAGAUAAUCAAAGCAGGAUAAAACCCAGCGUUCCCACAACUCGAGUCAAUUCCUGAUGGGAUGAUGACAGUGAUGAAUGGCUGUAAGAGCAGUCAGUGCCUUCUUGAAGAGUUGCCAAUUAGUUGGUGUCCAUUUCUCAAGUCCAUUCCAAGAGGGAUGUUGCCCAUCAAUCUGAAGUCCUUGGCAAUUUCAUGGUGCGAAAAUCUAAUUGAAAGUAAACUAGAGAAUCAGGUACCAUUCUUCAUUCUCUUACUUCAAAAUCAACCUCUUAUACGCUCAAACACUAGACUUCAUUUUUUAUAAGCUUCUUGCACUCCGUAGUGUUUGAAGAACUAACUACAAAUCCAAGCUAUUCAUCAAGUGAAUCAAGCUAAACAAACAGUUUAAAAUAACAUUUAUUCUGUAUCUCCAUACAGAUUGUUAAUUUAUCUCCCAACAAAUAUUCAUCAAGAAGCUAGUCAGUAUAUUGUUUUCUCUUCAACAUUUGCAUGCAAGUGUAUUGUUUUCUCUCGGACAUGUAUAACUGUACCAUAUACUUUUUCCAUAAUAGGAGUGGACUAGCUUUAUCUAUGAUAAUUUGAUCACCUGUACCUACCUUAUCUACAAUAAGCUAAUACCUGUCUCCUGGUACUUCUGAACCUCUUUCUACACAUUCCUCUCUUAUGCAAUUUCGAGUUAGUGUCCCAGUCGACUUUCUGGAAUAAAAAGGCUCUCUUCAAUAUUCUGCAUCAGGAAUUGAAGGAGAGGGCUUCACGUUCCUAAUUACCCUAAGAAGGAAGGUAGAAGGUGAACUUUUUUUACAGCUAGGACAAUAUUGGAACUAAGCCAAAGCUGUGGACAAUGGCUUAAAUGGCGAAUACCCGGAAAAUCUUUAUUAAGAGUGCAGGCUCAAGGCAUAAAGGCUCAAGGCAAUUCCUUAUCAUUCCUUUUUAUUUUUCAUGAUAAGACAGAUGAGAACCUUUUGUCUUGGUGAUUUGACUUUCACUCGAGGAACAUUUAGCUGUUCAUGCCAAUGCUCAUGGUAUGGGGCCAUAACUGGUGCUACUGUUUUACUCUCACUCUUGAUGUUUUCAUUCGCAACUUUUGUUGUCAUAGCAAUGAUAUUCAAUUGAUUGUUUGAUGCUAAAAUUUUUCUGCGUUAUUUAUAUUAAAUGACAUGGUCCUUGAGCACUUGGCUUACUGCGCAGGGAUACCUGCAUGCAUGAUUCACCUUCGAUCAUUCCUUUAAUUGUAGAAGAAGUGGAGGCAUUUCUGUUCCUGGCACUCUCUCUCAUGUUUUUCUGCUCUUUUUUUUCCCUUUCAUGUUUUAGCAUUGAAUUCUAAACCUUUGGAGUUCGUGAAUGUGAAAAAACUUUUACCCUUGCUUUGUCAAACAUAUUUGAACAGUACAUCGAAAGCAAGCUCAUAGAAGCACAGCUAAUCUAUAAGAGGAGAUUGUCGUCAUGCUAUUGAGGGGAGUAGAGAGCCCAGAACUCACAAAAAAGAGAAGUUAUCAUAGACUAGAGGGUGAGCUUCCUGGUCACCCAUAUUGAAAGAUUUGAGCCCAUUUUCUACCGCUCCAAACAGUAAUGUCAACUUUUAUCUGCUACUAGUUUCACUUUGUCAAAAAAAAGGCCGAGGCCAACUUAAAAGUCAUCAACCAAGAAUAAGGCUAGUUGGUAAAUAAAAUGAUUUGAAAAAAAAAAAAUUUCUUCGCAAAUAAUAUGCUUUCUCGUGCCCCUGUUUGUUAUUUUUUUGUGAGAAAGCCCGACGAAACCCGCACAUUGAUUUGGCAUGAAUAUGAUAGUUUAAGGAAUCAAAAUAAGAAAAUUAAAAA